AUGGAUUUGCAAAGUCAAUUACAAGAUCUUUUGGAUCUGUCGACUCAUGUGAAUGUUUUACUACAAAAACAAUCUGAUAUACUUAUUCGAAAACGUAAUUUACUGAGUAAACCCGACGAGGACGAGCUAGACGAAAAUGAAGACGAGGAUGACGCGUUGACUUUAACCUAUGAUAUUAUAUUAGCGUCUCGCUCGCUGCAAGUCCUACAGAUUCGUAGAGAGAUUCGUUCUGUAGUCGGGGAAUUGAUGGGAGUCAGAGAACAAUUCGAUAAACUCGAUGAAGACAGUUGGAUCGAAUAUAUUCAAGAUCUAAUGGAACAUUUGCAUCUCGUUCUCAAAAAAGGGUUGGAUCUACAAAUUUGUGGAUCACUUCCUGAUUCAGUAACCAUGCAAGAAAAUCGUGCGCGUUCAAAUUUAACAAGACGUCACACGAUGGAUUCUGAAGAAAUUCCGGUUGCCCGUUUGUUUAUUGGAAAUUUAAGGUUUCAAAAAACUCCAUCGAAAGCUGGCAAGACUAGUUUGGUUUCUCAGGAACAUUUUUAUGCUGAAAACCAUUUAACUCACAUAUUCAAUCAAGAAUCAUCAGAAGAAGCAAGUGAUGAAUUUGUUGAUGCUGUAGAGAGUCCGGAGGAAGAGCAUGAUAAAAAAUCCAGUAUAAAGAAGAGUCAUGCACGUCGAACAUCCGAAAUACAAGAAUUAGCUGCUCGAACUCAGAGUCUAAUGAAACGAACAAGUUCACUUUUAUCCUUUCCGUCUACUCUCGAUACAGUUGUUGAAGAUGACUCGCAUUCUUUAUCGGAGGAUAAUGUCACCUUAUCGUCUUUCUCGCUUGUACCUUCAGCUCUUUCAACACCAACUUCGACACCAAAUUCUUGCUCGCCCACUGAAUCUGUAUUUCAAAUUAAACUUGGUCGCGAUAAACCGACUCAUUUAUUUGCGGAAGAAGUUACUGUGGGUAAUCCAUUGAGAGUCGGAGUUGGUUAUGGAUCUUAUAUUGUAUAUACAUGCACUGUAAAGGGUCAAGAGGGUGCAAAUAUUGUUGCAAGAAAGCGUUAUUCGGAUUUCGUACAGCUACGCGCGCAACUUAUCAAAGCUCAACCUUCUUAUAAAAGAUUAAUACCGAAACUUCCUCCAAAGAAAGUUGUUGGUAAAUUCGGUGCUGAAUUUAUUGAGACACGACGCAAUGAUCUGGAGUAUUUUUUAACCUAUGUACUUUUACACCCGAUACUUGGUGCAACUCCUGUUGUACGUCGUUGGUUUAUGAGUGAAAACGGACAUUUUGACUAA